AAAAUUGAAUCCAAGAAGAAUAAAUUUAGGUUUUUUCCCAAAUCCUCACUACCCAAAGAAACCCUUUUCUCUUAUUGUUCUAGGGUUUCUUUUUUAUUCUUAAUUCUCUCUCCAAAUGCAUCAUCUUCAUCGUCAUCAUCAAAUUAGUUGUCGUUAAUUCAAUCAGCUUCUAUCUUUGACCAAAUACCAAUCACCUUUCGCUUUCACUCGAUUAUUCGAAGCUCAAAAUGAUGGGAUUGGAGAUGAUGAACUCGGAGAAUUACAUCUCAUUUUGACUCUUCCGGAGUUUAGAGUCAGCGAAAUUGUGUGGGUCCAAGAAAUGUAUGUGGUUUGGGAUAUCUCGAUGUUGAAACGUUGAUUGAUUCGAUUAAGAAGGGUUUAGGAUUUGCGAAUUUGGGGAUUCCGGAUAUGAUUAAGCAAAUACUUAACAAGCUUCCGAGAAAACCGUCUUCAAAAUCCUCUCAAUCCGAUGGGGGGAAGAACGAAUCGGCUUUUCCUUCGAUGAAUUCGAGUGUUUCAGGGGCUAACAGUAAUCCUAAGUCCAAUUCUUCAUCUGGUAAAGGUUCGAAUUCAAGUUCUUCAAGGUCUAUGAAUGGAACUCAUACUCCAAUUAUGAAAUCAAACCAGGUGAAGAAACCUAAUCAAGCUGCGUACGAAUCAUUACCAAGUUUUCGAGACGUACCCACUUCGGAAAAACACAAUCUGUUCAUAAAAAAGUUGAACAUGUGUUGUGUAGUGUUUGAUUUCACCGACCCAUCAAAGAAUCUGAAAGAGAAGGACAUCAAACGACAGACUUUACUCGAACUUGUUGACUACGUAUCUUCAGUUCCUUCAAAGUUCAAUGAACCCACAAUGCAAGAAAUCACAAAAAUGAUAUCCACAAAUCUCUUCCGCUCACUACCUACAAAUCACGAUUCCAAACUCCCAGAUAUAUACGAUCCAGAAGAUGAUGAACCAAACAUGGAACCUUCAUGGCCUCAUCUCCAAAUCGUAUAUGAAUUCCUCCUCAGAUUCAUCGCGUCAACAGAAACAGACGCCAAAAUCGCCAAACGAUACAUCGAUCAUUCAUUCGUUUUGAAACUACUCGAUCUUUUCGAUUCAGAAGAUCAAAGAGAAAGAGAGUAUUUGAAGACAAUCCUACACCGAAUCUAUGGAAAGUUCAUGGUGCAUCGCCCAUUUAUCAGAAAAGCAAUAAACAAUAUCUUCUUUCAAUUUAUAUUUGAAACCGAAAAGCAUAAUGGAAUUGCAGAAAUGCUUGAGAUAUUGGGGAGUAUAAUUAACGGGUUUGCUUUGCCUUUGAAAGAAGAACAUAAGCUUUUUCUAAUGAGGGCUUUGAUUCCACUUCAUAAACCUAAAUGUUUAUCGAUGUAUCAUCAGCAAUUAUCAUAUUGUGUUACACAAUUUGUGGAAAAAGAUUUUAAAUUGGCAGAUAUUGUGAUUAGAGGACUUGUGAAAUAUUGGCCUGUGACUAAUAGCUCAAAAGAGGUUAUGUUUUUAAGUGAAUUGGAGGAAGUUUUGGAGUCUACACAAGCUGCAGAGUUUCAAAAAUGUAUGGUGCCUUUGUUUAGGCAAAUUGGGAGGUGUCUUAAUAGUUCACAUUUCCAGGUGGCUGAAAGGGCGUUGUUUUUAUGGAACAAUGAUCACAUAAGAAAUCUGAUAAUUCAAAACCGAAAAGUCAUCCUGCCAAUAAUCUUCCCUGCUUUGGAGAAAAACACAAGGCCAAGGGGUCACUGGAAUCAAGCUGUUCAGAGCUUAACUCUGAAUGUAAGGAAAAUCUUUUCAGACAUUGAUCAAACACUGUUUGAUGAAUGUCUGAAUAGAUAUCAAGAAGAUGAAGUCAAACAGAAGGAAAACAAUCAGAAACGUGAGUCAACAUGGAUGCGAAUGGAAACUGUUGCAGCCUCAAAUGGAAAUGAAUCGGGGUUUGCUUCUUCUGUUGGAGUCAGUAGCUGAUAUGGUUGACUUUUGGGUUUGACUUUCACCCGAAUUUGGAGUUUGGAAUUGGGAAUUGGGAAUUGGGGAUGGUUUUGUGGAUAGAAAUGGAGGGGGAACCCUUUUUGGAUUUUCUUGUUUAUUGUUGUUUAUGGUAUUGGGUUGUGUUGUAGUAUAAAAACCGGUUUUAAAGAGGAAGUCCUUUUUUUUUUUUUGGAUUUUGUACCCAC